AACCAAGCAGGGUGAGGAGAGGAGGAGCAGCAGGAGGCCCUGGAUCACGAGGCCCCGGCACUGCCGGAAAGGGCUCUCCUCCACCCCCAUCAGCACGGACACUUGGGCAGGGGGUGUUCAAAGCCGGAGGCGGAACCCAGGCGAUACUAGAGGACGCGACUUCCCUGCCUCGGUUUCCCCUCUGCAUACAUCCGGGUACCUCACUCUCAGCCGUGCACUGGGUCGGGGUCCUCAGAGGCCCGGGGCCACUCCAGUGCCUGGGGGGGACGGAAGGUGAGGCCCUGAGGGGUGACGGCCCGGUCCGUCGCCGGCCGGGGGCGGGGCUGUGAGGCCCGCGCUCGGAGAUCCCCGCCCGCCGGUUUCCUCCGGGGUCAGCCCGGCUCCUUAUCAGGCGCGGCCAGUCGGCCAGGCUCUUAUCUGUGCCGGUCCAGCAUCCUCCGGCGCGGCCAGGGGUGAGAGGGAGGAAACUGGGCCGCCGGGGGCGGGGAGAGGGCGGGCCGGCCAGGAGCAGCUCACUUUCCCUCGAGGGAUCCACGCCGCCGUCGCCGCGGCCUUUGGGAGCCCGGGAAGAGGCGCGGCUCCGACGCCGCUGCCGGGAGGGGGCGGCAAGCUCCCAGCGGCCCUGCACGCAGAGGCCGGACCGAUCGGGGCCGCGGAGCCUGGCCUGAAACCCAACCGCAUCCUGGCCCUGAAGGACAGAGCCAGGGCACUCACCAAACAGCAGGACCAGCGCGGGGGUGAGCACCCCCUUGGGGUCCAUGUGCCCGCCCCAGGCCCAGGCAGAGGUGGGCCCCACCAUGACUGAGAAGGCCGAAAUGGUGUGUGCCCCCAGCCCAGCACCCGCUCCGCCCCCCAAGCCUGCCUCGCCUGGGCCCCCGAAGGUGAAGGAGAUGGGGCACCAAGGCUCCUCACCCCCCAGGCUGCCCCCUGGCGUGCCAGUGAUCAGCCUGGGCCACACCAGGCCCCCAGGGGCAGCCAUGGCCACCACGGAGCUGAGCGCCCUGCGGCCCCCGCUGCUGCAACUCUCUACCCUGGGAACUGUCCCACCCCCCCUGGCCCUGCAUUAUCACCCUCACCCCUUCCUUAACAGCCUCUACAUUGGGCCGGCAGGACCUUUUGGCAUCUUCCCUAGCAGCCGGCUGAAGCGGAGACCAAGCCACUGUGAGCUGGAGCUGGCUGAGGGGCACCAGCCCCAGAAGGUGGCCCGGCGUGUGUUCACCAACAGCCGGGAGCGCUGGCGGCAGCAGAACGUGAAUGGCGCCUUCGCAGAGCUCAGGAAGCUGCUGCCAACGCACCCGCCCGACCGGAAGCUGAGCAAGAACGAGGUGCUCCGCCUGGCCAUGAAAUACAUUGGCUUCCUGGUGCGGCUGCUGCGCGACCAGGCGGCUGCUCUGGCCGCAGGCCCCGCCCCGUCCGGGCCCCGCAAACGGCCCGCGCACCGGGGGCCCAACGACGGCGCCCGCCGAGGGCCUUUUCGCAGGGCCGAGGCAGUGGUGCGCUCGCAGCCCGCGCCCCUCGCCGGCCCUGACGGCGGCAGCCCCGAUGGGGCGGCCCGGCCCAUCAAGACGGAACGAGCGGUCGUGAGCCCUGAGGUGCGGUGACCUCCGCAGCGUUGCCUCUGAGCCUAGGGGCACUGGGAACUCAGCCCAGGGAGGUCGAGGAAAGGGCAGACGAUGCCCUGCGACUGCUCGGGAGCGAACUCCCCCGAAGAGGGACCAGUGAGGACGUCCCCAACAGGGAAAAGGGCCCGGGGGUCUGGAAGGGCGACUGUCGCCCCCAAAAGCCCUGCAGACCUUUUUUUUUUUUUUAAUCACCCACAGCCCGCUGGAAAUGGCCUUUCCCGCGUCUCCCUCCCGGGGACGAGGUCCGGGAACCAACAUGGCAGACAGGUCAUCGGACUAAAGUGGUGCCUCUUUUUUCGGGGCUGGGGUCACCGACAGAGGUGGGGAGGGACUGGGGAGUCUUUGCCCUUCUCACCGGCGCCCCCUCCUGGAGACUCAUGGAUACACGCUCCUGGACCGCGUCCGGGGAGACACAGAAUCGACGCCGCCGCCCACCCCACCAAUCUCGAACCGGUCCCCGUACGACGGCGUUAGCGAAAGCUCGGGCGCUCUUACUUUUGUUUUUCUUUAUUUCUUUAUUUCACAUACACAUUAGCCAUUCAAUGGAGAAGCCGGAGAGAGUCAGGCAAAGAUGGUAUAACAGAAGCGCAGUGACGGGGGCGGGGCGGGGCGGGGCGGGGCGGAGAGGGAACAUACGGGCUGGCUGCCUACUUGCAUUCCGCUAGGACACUGAAAACCCAGAAAACAAAACAGACAGUAAACUACCCUUGUUUCUUAUGUA